UUUAGCCGAGGAAGAAUUGCGAAUAAGAGGCGGUCAUUAUACUAAAAAUUUGGUGCUGGAUAAGUUUCGUUGCUUACCUUUGGAAGAAAAAGAAGCCCGAAAAGAUGAAGUAAAUAAUUUAAUAGAAAAGGAUGCUGGCGAAAUAGGUUAUGAUUGGGAACAUUUACCUAAUCACACUUUCCACAGCGUUUUAGAAAUUUUCCUGAAAAUCUUGCGGAAUGAAAAAAGAUAUAAAGAAAGAUUAAGUGUUGAGUCAGCAGUAAUUAAUAAGGAAAGAAAUAAUGCUACUCUAGUGGAAAGUUCCGGUCUGACUUCCCAAUAUAGUGCCAAACAGAAAAAAGUAACCCAAGCCAACGAAAAAUUAUUACUUACUUUCAACCACACCAAAUCAUUAAAUAGGACAAUACCUAACAAUUGGUUAAUGGAAUCAUUUCCAUUCCUCUUACUAGCUUUGAGCGGUGAAUAUGCUGAUUACACCUCUUCGCAAGAAAGAAUAAACUCUUUCCUGGCUCUGCCGGAAAAAAAUGAUAAUCUGACCCAACCAAAACUGUCCCCAAAUAUUUCGAUUACUGCCCUGCGUUUGGAAAAUAUUUCUUUUCGCUAUAGAGGACAAAAAGAAUGGUUAUUAAAAAACUAUAAUCGAACCUUUUCGCCCGGCAAGAUUAAUUAUUUAUUAGGCAAAAACGGGACGGGCAAAAGCACUCUUUUGUAUCUCUGUUUAGGUUUAUUAGUGCCCCAAAAAGGUCAAAUAAUUGUAGAAUGUGAUAACGGACAAGA